UAAGACGCAGUAUAUGAAACUAGAAAACAAUGGAAACACACACCGCUCUUAUUUGCGCAAGUGUUCAAGCGUGUCCAAAGUACCCGCCUAAUAAUUAGUCAUUUGCUUUCGAACGUGUACACAUAGUCAUGUUUUUAUACGCUCUUAUAAUUUACCAAGUUAUUCUUACUUCUGGGAAGAUAUUAAAUUUUCCCAGUAAUGGAAACUUGGAUAUGGAUAACGGGAUAAUGGUUACGAAUACACCGAAAACAACUUUGACGCACUUCGAAGAGUGGGACGAUACUUUAUGGGUUUUGAAGUUGAAUGAUGUUGGAUUGAAUUUAACGAUUUUACAAUCAGCAAAUGAAAGUGAGGAGGAAUAUUUUGACGAUGAAAUUGGACCACUGAUACACAGACAUCCUCUAGCAUACCUAAGUUACAAAAGACGUCAGAAUACAAAAAGAGUAAAAAAAGACGAUCCAAAGAAAUCAUAUCCAGCAGAUCAUGCCUUUAAAGAUGAGCCUACAAACACUCAAGAUACAAAAUAUGACGGAAUUAACAACGAAGUUAAAUACAGAGUUAUACAAAUGAUCAACAAGUUUGUUUUAUCCUUUCAAAAACAGCCUGACUCGAAUCUACCCGAAACUAUGGACGCAUACAUAACUCCAUCGCUAAACUUGUAUUUCAAAGGGCCUUUUACAGCGUUGACAGUUAACUAUCAGCGUAUGGUAUGGCAGUUUUUCAUUCAACCACCAUCACCACUACCCGAAUGGUUCUACAACGAGCAUUCCAAUAUAACCCUUGGUAAAAAUGGAAUGUAUGUAACAAUACCAGAUGCAAUUAAAGAAGAAUUUUACGAAAAACUUCUCCAUUUGUUAGAAAAAUUGUUUAACUAUCCAAUGUAAGUACAAAAGUACUAACUCAACUGGACAAG